AUGGCUGGCUACCUGCGGGUCGUGCGAUCGCUCGGCAGGGCGUCGGGCUCCGGGUCGGCAUGGGCGCCGGCAGCCCUGACGGGCCCCAACAACUUGCAGGAGCAGCCGCGGCGUCACUAUGCCGACAAGAGGAUCAAGGUGGCCAAGCCGGUGGUGGAGAUGGACGGCGACGAGAUGACCCGUAUCAUCUGGCAGUUCAUCAAGGACAAGCUCAUCCUGCCCCACGUGGACGUCCAGCUCAAGUAUUUCGACCUGGGGCUCCCCAACCGUGACAAGACCGACGACCAGGUCACCAUCGACUCGGCGUUGGCCACCCAGAAGUACAGCGUGGCUGUCAAGUGCGCCACCAUCACUCCCGAUGAGGCCCGGGUGGAAGAGUUCAAGCUGAAGAAGAUGUGGAAGAGCCCCAACGGAACCAUCCGGAACAUCCUCGGGGGCACCGUCUUCCGGGAGCCCAUCAUCUGCAAGAACAUCCCCCGCCUCGUCCCCGGCUGGACCAUGCCCAUCACCAUCGGCAGGCACGCCCACGGCGACCAGUACAAGGCCACGGACUUCGUGGCUGACCGGGCCGGCACCUUCAAGAUGGUGUUCACGCCGAAGGAUGGCAGCAGUGCCAAGGAGUGGGAGGUGUUCAACUUCCCCGCUGGCGGCGUGGGCAUGGGCAUGUACAACACGGACGAGUCCAUCUCGGGGUUCGCGCACAGCUGCUUCCAGUACGCCAUCCAGAAGAAGUGGCCGCUGUACAUGAGCACGAAGAACACCAUCCUGAAGGCCUACGACGGACGCUUCAAGGACAUCUUCCAGGAAAUCUAUGAGAAGCACUAUAAGACCGAGUUCGAGAAGAAUAAGAUCUGGUACGAGCACCGGCUCAUUGAUGACAUGGUGGCUCAGGUGCUCAAGUCCUCAGGCGGCUUUGUGUGGGCCUGCAAGAACUAUGAUGGAGACGUGCAGUCGGACAUCCUGGCCCAGGGCUUCGGCUCGCUGGGCCUGAUGACCUCCGUGCUGGUCUGCCCCGACGGGAAGACCAUCGAGGCUGAGGCUGCCCACGGGACAGUCACGCGCCACUAUCGGGAGCACCAGAAGGGCCGGCCUACCAGCACCAACCCCAUCGCCAGCAUCUUCGCCUGGACGCGAGGCCUGGAGCACCGGGGCAAGCUAGACGGGAACCAGGACCUUAUGAGGUUUUCCCAGACCCUGGAGAAGGUGUGUGUGCAGACGGUGGAGAGCGGAGCCAUGACCAAGGACCUGGCGGGCUGCAUCCACGGUCUCAGCAACGUGAAGCUCAACGAACACUUCCUGAACACCUCGGACUUCCUGGACACCAUCAAGAACAACCUGGACAAAGCCCUGGGCCAGAAGUAG